AGGAAAAGAGAGAGAAAAAAAAAGGGGGGAAAAGAGGGGGGGAACAUCGAGGAAAAUACCCAUUUACCAGGAUUUUCCCUUUUUCUUUCCCUCUGGAUGGUCUAAUGGAAAAGUUAAUUGCAGCCGAACGUACCUAUUUUUGUGGAUGUUGCAUGUUUUUGGAGGGGGGGGUUUGCUUUUUUAAUGCAUUCUUGGCUUUUUUUCUGACUUUUUUUGCUUACAGGAGGUGGCAGAAGCAGCGCAGGGGCUGAAUAUUAUCAUUACCAUCAUCAUAAUCACCAUUAUUAUAAUUUUCACCAUUUUAAUUCCUUUUCUCCUUCCUCUUCUCCUCCUUUUCUUCGCUGUUUUCUGCAUUAACUGGUUUUGUCUAGAAAAGUGGUCUCGCUGGCUGGAAGGUCUAAUGGAGGGGGGGAGAUAUUUUUUUCAUGGCGUUUUUGGCAGGAAUGCGGCAGCUUUAGCGAGGGACCCAAAUUUCUGUGGCUGUGUCCCAGAGGUCUGUCUGUCCCUCUCCAACAUAUAUUUAGCCAUAUACUAUUUAUACAUCCAUAAUCUCCCGGCCACGUCGGGGGGCCUGGGGGGGGAGCUUAGAGCCGGCGUGGCCACAGUGAUGGAUUUGAACCCAGGAAUGGUGAAUUCGAUGAUUUUGAUUUCUUUUUCUCCCUUCAAGGUUGGAGGAUGCUCCUUGUUGGGUUAUUUUUUUCCCCCCCCGCAAGCCUGCGGUCCUUCGGAUAGCAGCCGGGUUUUUUAACCUGGGGACGAUGGAGCAGGUGAAAGCGGCUUCGAGCCCGAGGCCUUUGAGAUUAUAAAGUGAUAUUUUAGCAGAGAGGUAAAAAAAGUUUUUUUAAGUCCCUCACGGCGUGCCAUUUGCCGAGAGGCGGAGGGUCCAGGGCAAGGGGAUGGAUUUCACCCCCACUUUUCCAGCCAGCUCCCCAUCCCUCAGCUUUCCCAACAGCUCAGGGGGCGAGCGGGGCUAUAAAAAAAAAAAAAAAAACAACCACUAUUUUUUAUUUUUUUUUUUUUUUUGUUUUCUUUUUAUUUUCCUUUUUUUUUUUUUUUUUUUUUUGUUGUUUUCUCUCUAUUUUCAGGCAAAACCCCACGUUCCCACGGGUCGGGUAGGUCGGAGCCGCUUCGCUUUUGUUCCUCCGCUGUGGGAUCUCGCGCGCCGGGGGCUGGCGGGGGGUUCGGGGUGUGUGAAGUUGUCCUCCUCCUUGUCCCCCCGUAGAAAAACGCCCCACGUGCAGCACCCGGUCUCAGCUAGAGCUGGAGAUGAACGCGGAUAAGGGGAAGCAACGCCAGUACUCGCAGAGCGAAGGCGAGACAGAGAGGGCUGCCAAGGUAGAGGCGUUCCCUAGAGAACUGUAGCUUGACUUAGCGGCAGUUGGGUAGGAAGUUGGAAGGCUCUAGUGAGCUCGUGCCCACCCGUGCCAUCAUCUACCUCCCAUCAAUCUGGAGCCUCAGCGACACGUCUCCCCAGGCAGCUGCGCCCACCUGGCUCCAGAGGCCACCCUGAUGGCGGAGCCUCGCUUCAACAACCCCUACUUCUGGCCGCCCCCGCCCACCAUGCCCAGCCAGCUGGACAACCUGGUCCUGAUCAACAAAAUCAAGGAGCAGUUGAUGGCGGAGAAGAUCCGCCCCCCUCACCUGCCUCCCACCUCGGUGGCCUCGCAGCAGCCCCUCCUGGUGCCCCCCUCUCCUGCUGAGAGCAGCCAGUCCAUCAUGUCCCUGCCAAAACUGCAGCAGGUGCCAGGGCUGCACCCGCAGGCCGUGCCCCAGCCUGACGUGGCCCUGCACGCCCGGCCGGCCACCAGCACCGUCACAGGGCUGGGGCUGGCAUCCCGUGCACCGGCCGUCAGCACCUCGGAAUCCAGCCCGGGAACAGGGACCACCACCCCCUCGACCCCCACCUCCACCAGCCAGAGCCGCCUCAUCGCCUCCUCGCCCACCCUAAUCUCAGGAAUCACCAGCCCCCCCCUCCUCGACUCCAUCAAGACAAUCCAGGGCCACGGCUUGCUGGGGGCGCCCAAGGCCGAGCGGGGCCGCAAGAAGAUCAAGGCGGAAAACCCCUCGGGGCCGCCGGUGCUGGUGGUGCCCUACCCCAUCCUGGCCUCGGGGGAGACGGCCAAAGAGGGCAAGACGUACAGGUGUAAGGUCUGCCCCUUGACGUUCUUCACCAAGUCGGAGAUGCAGAUCCACUCCAAGUCGCACACGGAGGCCAAGCCCCACAAGUGCCCCCACUGCUCCAAGUCCUUCGCCAACGCCUCCUACCUGGCCCAGCACCUGCGCAUCCACCUGGGCGUCAAACCCUACCACUGCUCCUACUGUGAGAAGUCCUUCCGCCAGCUCUCCCACCUCCAGCAGCACACCCGAAUCCACACCGGCGACAGACCCUACAAGUGCCCGCACCCCGGCUGCGAGAAGGCCUUCACCCAGCUCUCCAACCUCCAGUCCCACCAGCGCCAGCACAACAAGGACAAGCCCUACAAGUGCCCCAACUGCUACCGGGCGUACACGGACUCGGCCUCGCUGCAGAUCCACCUGUCUGCGCACGCCAUCAAGCACGCCAAGGCCUAUUGCUGCAGCAUGUGCGGCCGUGCCUACACCUCGGAGACCUAUCUGAUGAAGCACAUGUCCAAACACACGGUGGUGGAGCACCUGGUCAGCCAGCACUCGCCGCAGCGGACGGAGUCACCCGGCAUUCCCGUACGGAUCUCCCUCAUCUAGGCAGGGAGGGGACAGCACCCCCCCAGCGUGAGGAGGAGGAAGAGGAGAGGGAGGAGGAAGAGGAGGAGAAGAAGGAGGAGGA